CUCGCCAUCUUAUCGAGGAAAUGCGUCAGACUGACACACAUCUCCGCGGGGGCAGACGCGACAGCCGGUGGCGCGUUUAGAACGGUCACAUCUAGAAAACCUCGACAUCUCCAUCCAUUCCUCCUGAACCAACACCUCCACGGGCUGGCGCAGCUGCUGGCCGGGCGGGUUUUGUCGUUUUUUCCCCCCUCCUCUUAUCGAGCAACAGGCCCAAGCGGCUGCCAUGGAUUUUUAAGGCAUAAUGCGGCAACUCUAAUGCAAUGGCGAUGCACCGUGCAAGGCAAAACCAACCGCGAAACUCCAUCUUCGCAACUGCCAAGCAGUUGGGCUCCAGUACCGCACGCGGUAUCCCGGCGAGCCAACCGGUACCUCUCCUUCUGGACCGGAGGAAGCUAACGCUAACCAUCAGCUAGUCACAUCGCAGCUGGGUAGGAGGAGAAGGAAGAAAAAAAAGGAAACCAAACAACACAAAAAUCCCAUCGAUUCAUCUGAACGUGAACACUACCGAUCAACAUGAAACCUCAAGACAUCGUGGCGGCGAAGAGCAGCCUGUGGAUCUUCGGGUACGGGUCGCUGGUGUGGAAGCCCGACUUCAAGUACAGGAGGAGCCAGGUCGGUUACAUCCAAGGCUACAAGAGGCGUUUCUGGCACGGAGACAACUUCCAUCGCGGGAACGACGAGUCGCCUGGAAGAGUGGUGACGCUGAUCGAAGACGAUGACGCGACCACCUGGGGCGUGGCCUUCGAGGUGUCGGGCUCCCAGCUGGAGGAGUCCCUCAAGUACCUCACGGUUCGCGAGACGGUCCGCGGCGGCUACGUCACGAAGAUGGUGGAUUUCUUCCCCGACGGCGACGACCGCCUUCCUGUCCAGGCGCUGGUGUACAUCGCCACCGCCGACAACCCCCUGUACCUGGGGCCGGCCAGUCCGGAGGAGAUCGGGGCCCAGAUCGCCGCGUGCCGAGGCAACACGGGCCACAAUCUGGAGUACCUGCUGCGGCUGGCGGAGUUCAUGAGGAGCAGCUGCCCCCAGGUGGAGGACCAUCACCUGUUCGCCGUGGAGACGGCCGCGCUCACUGUGGUGUCUUAUCUUCUGGCAGCUCAGUAGCUCGUACCCUUGGUGUCUCUAGCUUACAGUGGAUGCUCAGCUCAGCAGGGGGGCUGUAGUUUUGUCAUGUCUGUCCGAUUAUGUCCUAUAGUAGCUUCGGACAUCCAUCACUAGAUUACCGAGGGGGGGAGCCUUGUUGGUAAAUCACUACAAAAUGUGCAAUUAUCUUAAACUGUAAGCAUUAUGUGGUUUGGCUUAAGACACGCAGCUUUUUUUUCCUCAGUUCUGAAGCCGUCCAGUUCAUUGCUUAAGGUACUGAAAGUUUACUGGAACUUAAAGAAAUCACUAUAUUGCCAUUGUGGUGUGUGUGUGAAACUACUUCCAUCCGGUUUAAAGUCAAAAUGCCAAUAAAAAUCUGGAAAAA